UUGAAAGUAAAAAAAAAUAAUUUGUAAAUAUAACCUCACUUCAUACAAGAAAUCAGACAAAAAGGGCUUAUCAGUUCAAGCGGUGAUAUGGCAUUCAAUUUUCCAGCUCUUUCAUAUAUUAUUGCUUUAAUAAUCGAUGCGUUUUUGAUUUUCUUUUCACUUUUUCAUGUAAUAGCUUUCGACGAACUUAAAAAUGAUUAUAAGAAUCCAAUUGAUCAGUGUAAUGGGUUAAAUCCAUUAGUUUUGCCAGAAUACAUACUCCAUAUUUUAUUCAACGUAUUAUUUGCCUUUGCUGGAGAGUGGAUUUCUUUAUUGAUCAAUAUCCCUCUAAUUGCAUAUCAUAUCAAUCGGUACAGAACAAGACCAGUAAUGUCUCAACCUGGUUUGUAUGACCCUACCAGUAUAAUGAAUGCUGAUGUAUUAGAUCGGUGUAGAAAGGAAGGAUGGAUAAAGUUGGCAUUUUAUUUAUUAUCAUUCUUCUACUACCUUUAUGGCAUGAUAUACUGUCUGAUUUCUACGUGAUUUGGUUCAGCAAUGGGAUGAACAACGUUUCAGCAGAUAGAAAUGUAGUACAAGGGAUUUUGGUUCUUGUCAUUUAAGUCUCAUUUAAAUUAUCAAAUUCCUUUAAUUGAUCAACUUCCUUUUCUGUACUUUUUCUUCCAUAGUAUUUAUUCACAGUUUUACACACAUCUACUCAUUACAAAUACCUAUUCAAAUUUGUUUUUUUUUUUACUUAAAAUAAAUUAUAACAACAUUGA